GCAUUUUGUUAUCAUUGUCGAAUGAUGAUAUUGAACUUGCACAAAAUACAUAUUUAGAAGCAAUUGAAUAUGAAGAAAGUGAAAUAAGUGAAUUAGUAAUUGAUCUUACUAAUCCAACAGUUUCACAAAAAAUAAAAUCUUAUCAAGAAAUUAAUAAUACUUAUAUUUCUAUGAAGGAAAUACUUGAUGAUAACCAAAUUAUUGAAACUCAAGAUGAUCCGGAUGAUUUAGAUGAUGAGCCACCAAAAAUUUCUGCUUAUGAAGCAUUAAACAGCCAAACCAUGCCACUUAAUGUUAAAUAUUCUCUUAAUGAAAUGGAUUUUUCUUAUAACAAUAGGUUCUCUGGUGAUGACUAUGACUUUCUUAGCGAUGACUUUCCUGAUAAUAACUUUCUUGACAAUGACUUUCUUGACAAUGAUUUUCCUUGCAAUGAUGAUUUUUCUGAUGACAAUAAUUUUUCUGAUUUUCCUGACAACUAUAACAGUUCUGAUAAUUAUGAAAAUUAA